AUGGAUGAAGAACACACCAUAACGCUGAACCUGGGAUCUUCACCCGACCCGCUAAUAGAUCCGAUUCUCAGCCCACCGAUGCUGCCGCCGUCGCGCGUCAAACCACGAGCCCAACCCGCCGCGCGACUUUUAUCCAUUGCGAGAUCGCCUAGGAAACGAACCUUUGAGCUCGACAUUGGCAGCCCCGUUUCGCCACAGAGGCUGCUGGUGACUGUCCAGGCUGAGGACGAGGUGAGGAAUACAAAGGGCAUAAAGCGCCGGCUUUUCCAAUCGCCGACGCCGAAACGGGGAGUUAUGAGGGGAGGAGGGGAUGUUACCACUACCGUGGUGCCGGUGCGCGGUCUGAGUGAUGAUGAGGGAGUGACGCCGCGGAGGAGAGGUCGGCCACGGAAAUCUGGGACGCCGGUACCUACGACGCGACGAAAACGACCUGGUACACCGGGAGCGAAGGCUGUUGUUGCGAGAGGCACGUCUCGAUCGCCACAAAAGUCCCCUCAGAAGCAGCAGCCACUAGACGAAGAUGCGCUGGAACAUAUCGAGGCGACGCCGCGACCCGUCAGCCUGUUGAAGAGGCCGGCGAAACGAAAGUCGAUGACACCCGCAAAAGAGGAUACCCAGCCGAGAAAAAGAGGACGGCCGCGGAAGAGUCAGGUUCCUGCCGAGGUGAAUAUGGGCAGCAUUGCGGAAAUACUACAACAGGACAACGCUUCGAGAUUACCACCAGUACAACAUGACUUUUUCGGCCAGGAUCAAUUUACGGCUGGGGAGGAUCACGACGAUGAUGGUGCAGGCGACAUGGAGGAUGAUAUCUGGCUUGGGACCCUUUCGUCGCCUGCCGCGCAGAGACUCCGGACGAGUUUAAGCAAUCGAUCUCCCCCGAAGGAACCAUCACCAGCACCAGAACCCGAGCCUGAAGCAGAACCGUCCCCAGAGCCGGAACAACAACCACAACCCGAGCACUCCGAAGGUGAUUUCGAUGAACAAGGCGAGUGGGGUAACAUGCACGAUGGGCCCGAGGACGAUUACGAUGAGGGCGAUUACAUGACAAGUCCGGUUCGUGAUUUGGGGGAUGCUCAGGAUACCAUGGCGGGAGCGGAGGACUUUACAGAGGUCCCGCUUGCCGAGCUCAGGUCUCUGAUGAAUUCCAGUAUGAUGGCCGGGCAGGAACAACAGCAAGAGGAAGAGCUCGGUGAAGCCACAAAAGUCAUUAUUAAGAAUGGUAUCGACUAUCUUAGGCAGGGUCGAGGGACUGCGGCUGGGGAGGGCUCACAAGAGGCAGUACAAGAGACAGGGGAAGAGCAUGAUUUCGGGUUUAGUGUCGGGCCAGGGCGGACAUCUCAACUGGAAGCUGCUAAGCCAAGGAAGCCAUUUGACUUUGGUUCUAGUUUUCACCCUGGGCAGAGCACUCAAAUGCCUUCUGUGCGCCGACGAAGGGAGACCAGUUUCAACUUCAGUGUCGGGCCUGAGAAACCUGCUGCAUCUUCUCAUGCUGAGCAGCUGGAGGGACUCGAUUUCGGACAAAGCACUCAAAAAUCCCCCACUCCACCACGGAAGAACUUUGAUUUUGAUUUCAGCAUUUUGCCGGGUGAGAACACGGCUGCUGAGAGGAGAAGCGAGUCUGCUUCCAGCCCCCCUGUUGGACAACAAGAAGCAAAGGCUGCUGAGAGGGCAGCUGUUUUGCGGAGGGAGGUGGUUGGUUUUGGUUCUAGCAUUGGACCAGUGCAGAAAGCUGACACUUCUUCCUUUGAAGUGAAGAGCAGAUCGUUUGAUCCUGAUUUUUUUAGUGACGAGUCUAGGGAACAGAGCGCGGAGCCAAGGCAAGGUUCUGAAGAGCCCAGGCGACGCAGCGAGGAGCCAAGGCGAGAGUCUGAGGAGCCACGACAAGAAAGCGAGGAACCCAGGCAUGAGUCUGAGGAACCGAGACAAGCGUCUGAAGAACCGUCACAGAAAGAACAGUACUCUAGGUCGAGGCCCGACCCAGACUUUGAGUUCAGUGAUGGGCCUGUUCCGCAACCCAAGCCUUACAAACGACCUUACAAACGAUUGCCACCCCGUCCCAGUGAGGUCGAAAUCCGAGCUGAAGUCGAAGCUGAGGAUGAACCCGCAGACGACUCCGAUGCUUGGUGGAACCGAGUUCCAGAAAAGUCGAAGCCAAUAAAGAAGCCAAAGUCACUACUCGGGAAGUUGAUCCGCAAGGCUGCUCGUCAACGGACAGAUUCGGCCAACACAACGCAGGAACCAUCGCCUGCCGACACAUCAAACCUGAGUGGAGAAGGGGAUUCCUUCUCUACCUUGCCCGAUGAAGUGUAUGCCGCUGCAACUCCAGGCCAACACGUGGAACCGCAGCUUGAAGAGCAACAUGACGACGAAGUGCGCGAUGGAGAAAGAGAGGAGGAACCGGACAAUGAUGGAGGGGAAGAGGAAGCGCAGGCCGCGAGCCACCCAAUCCAGCCGUCUAUUGAGCGGCCUUCACCAGUGAAUCACUCUAUCCCCCACCUUGAAUCGAAUAGGCUGUUGACACCUGAUGAGACAUCAUCCCCAAUACCCUCCGAGGCUGAAGGCGAUGGCGUAGACGAAGAUGCAGGGACCGUUUCACCCAACCAACCCGCACAGCCGAAUGUUCAGGUCGAGAUGCCCUCUUCCCCACCUGCCAGUGACCCUAGCCCGCCGGUCCCUGUUGCCCGCCUGCCGCAGCACACCAGAACAAAGUCGAACGAAACCCCAGCCGAUCAGCUGUCGGACGUGGCACCUCUACCGAGAACAGACUUGAAUGUACAGUCACUAAACCUAGCGCCCCCAGGAUCGCAGCCCCGGCCUAGCCUUUCACCCAUAGUACGUGCCGGCCGAGUUUUGCAGCUUGUAACAUCCGAUCCGCCCUCGCCCCCAGGGAGAGACAGUGUACUGCGGAGUCCAUUUCGGGGAUCGUUUGAGAAGUCGAGCCAGUCCCCCGCGCCCUUUAUCUCACAGCCCCGAGCCACCCGCUCCCCGUCGCCGCAGCGUACUGACACCGCCCAGGAGAAGCAGCAGGACCGACCUUGGUUUAGAGGACUGCAGCAGAUUAAGAAUUUUGUUGCCGAAACAGCCAAGAGUUUGUCGCCCACCCGGAUUUCGAAUCCCAGGCCAGAACCUGAGCAGGAGCCUGAGGAGGAACCCGAGGAGGAUCUUCAGGAGACCCCAAGUAGAAGAAGUUCUGGGCGUGAGGCGCGUUUUAGUGAGCCUGAGGUUGAUCCAGAAGCUACCGUUAGCGCUCCCAAUUCUGCGAUCGCUGAACCAGCACGACGUCGGGCUCAAGAGCGAGCCGAGCCUGCGCGCACAAGCAAUUUUGGUUUCCGGGGGUCGUUUACUUCUAGCCGAAAUCACGAGACUACAGACAGGAGACCACAACAAAAAGCGACUCGUCUGCCUGCCAAAGAACCGACACCCCAGCCUGAACCGGAGCCUUUCACUAUGGACCCUGUUAACACACAGCAACCAGAGCAGCCGGCUCAGGAAGAGGAAGAUGAUGCUGAUUUCUGGCUCGAGGCUGGUGGCGUCACCCCUUUCGCUCCAAGAGUGGUGCCCCCGCAGAUCAAAGCACCUGUUGUUGAGUCCCGGCAGAGCAGCAAGAUCCCGACUCUGGGGAGGAGUAUCAGCCGUCAACAACAGAGGGAUGGCCAAGAAAAUCAGCUUCGCUCUUCACGGAAUUCUCAGAUUGAUGACGCUUAUGAAAUCGAACAAGAGUCCAGUUCUAUUCUGGAACAGCUUGACAAGCGGCCGGCCGUCAAACCCACCCCAGCUCCGGCGAGGACCAAUCUGAGCGGCUUUUUUUCAUCGCCUGUCUUGUUGCCUGGCCAAGAGACGCCCGGUAUGGGGUUGUUCAAGCCAUCACGGCGAGAGCCAGCCAACAACCUAGUACAACAGCAACAAAAGGAACGGAAGAAGCUGCGACAACCGGAUAAUAGGUUGUUUGCUCAUUUGGUGGAGAUUGAGGAACAGCAAAAUCAAAGUGUUACUGCUGAAGCAGUCACUGAGAAGCAAUCGGGUUUCGGGGAUGCUUCGCAGAACGUGGAGGUGCCGUCUGGCGCACAUGAUGAUAGCCUUGAAAGCAUCGAUGGCGGUUUAAAAGACAAGGAAAAGGACAGAGGACGAAGGUCCACUUCCGCUCGUGCUCAGGAGAUCAUGGAGAAGCGGUUGGCCAGGAUCACGGAAGGUCAGAGGAAGGCGAAGGAGCAGAUGACAGCAGCCUCUACAUCGCAGUCAUUUGCAUUGCAGCCUUCAACAUCGCAACCCUCUGCAUCUCAGCCGUCUGUAGCGCAGCCGUUUACAACUCAGCCAUCCACUUCUCGGACGGAUAACACGGCCGAUCAAGCAAAGACGAGCAUUCGGGCCAAGGGCAAAGAGCCAGAACGACCGCCCAUCCCCGCCCCUCGCCCCCCCUCUCCCGUCGAGCCUCAAGAGAACCCGAAUAAGAUCCCCCAGCUUCGAAACUUUGCGCCCCGCAGACGAGAAUUUGGAGAAAACACCCUCUUCCAGCCACAGGCAGGGCCCGCCAAAGCAGCAGCCCCCCCGGCCACCACCAAUGUGCUCAACCCAGACAACAGCCAAGUCGGCCGCUUCUUUGAGGAAAGCCGUCAGUUGAUUGAGCCUCAAAAGAAACGUCGGCAGCGGGUACGGGCUCAGAACGGUCAACAAAUCUCGGCCGAGGUUUUUUCUAGUCCAAAAACUACGCCCCCGAGACAUGAGCCGAACCGAGCGGCGUCUCCUGCCAAAUCCUCGUUUCGAUCGCCGCUCAAGGGGAAGACUCCCGGGCCGGUUGUCGAGUUUACGAGUAGUACGCUCUCGCCGUUGCCGCGCGAGAGGCGGGCAAACUCACCGCAGAAGACGAGGCAAUCUCGGAGUCAGAAGCAAGGUGCUGGAGAAGGUGGAAUUGGUGAGCGGACUGGGGCGGACAACCGUCGUGAGGAGCCGGUGGUUAGCUACCCUGAGCUGCCUGAGCCACAGCCUGAAGCCAGUGAAGAGGAAGAGAAUGGGCGGCAAGCUGAUCCUUUCUCGGAUACCUCUCAGCAGCGAAAAGAUCGGGAGUUGAGAGAGCAGCAGGACCGGCAGGGUUGGAGGGCACAAGAGUUGGGACCGCCGCUGCACUAUGGGAAGGCGUCGUUUGAGCAGAGACUUCAUCAGGCCAAGGCGCAAGAACCGGAACAGAGACCGAGGGGGGCUACGUGGGAGGGGUAUGGCCGGGAAGUGGAGGAGCAGCCGUCAGAGUUGGAUUGGGAGGCAAUUGGGGAGCAGGAGCCUGAUCAGGGUCAUUACGAUGAGGAUGGUGAAGACAGGGACCAAGAGCCUACCCCUCCUCUGUCUGAACAGGACCAGCAGCGGUAUGAACCGUAUCAGCCUCGGCAACGUGAUUACCAGGGGAGGGAUCUUGAGCCUGUUGAGGAAGAGGAUUACUCGGAUGAGGAAGAAGAGGGAGAUUACGAUCACCAUCAACAGGGCACCUACGCUCAAGAGGGUGACUACGAUCACGAGGAUGACUAUGACCAUGGCGACUACAACCAAGAAGACGACCAUGAUCAUCAUCAACAGGGCGAACACGACCAUGAACAAGAGCAAGAAGAAGAAGAACCCCCCCAAUCCUUCUUUCCCAAAUUCUCCCUCCCCUCCCUCCCCAACCCCCUUUCUCUCCUCUCCUCCCUCGUCCCCACCACCACCUCUCCCCCCCCAAAUGACCCCCUCAAAGGAUGGGGAAUCCCCAACUGGGAACUCCUAGACCAAUGCCUCACCCUCCACCGCCAACACCGCCUCCCCAUCCUCCCCUUAUCCGACGUCUCAAAAUCCUACGUCGGUCUCGUCCCCUCAAUCGGGGAACCACAAGAAGCAAUGACGAUUGAGGUCUGGCACUUGCAGAUAGUAGAGUACUACAAACACGUUGUCUUGCACACCCGAGGAGAAGAAGAUAAAUGGACGGAGUGGGAGCUUGUACGGAUGUUAUUUGCUGUGCUGAUAGGGGAGAUGAGAAGACGGGAUAGGAAGGGGAUGGAGGAACGGAGGAGGAAAAGGGAGGAGGUAAAGAAGGAGAGGGAGAGGAAAAAGAGGGGGUGGUUUAGCCUUGGAGGGGUGUUUGCUGGUGGGGGGAAGAAGUAUAAGGUUGAAAAGCCGAAGAGGAAAGAGAGGAGCAGGAGGUGA